GAGAUAGUUUCGAGCAAUCGGUCGCCGCACGCGAACCUGGCCUCUGUUCGGUAUUCUCGUGGAGAAACCGGGAAUCGGUUCCACGAGGAAGGCGAGCUGGUGCAACAAGCGCCGGAACAAUGUGUCGCCCACCGGGAAUCGCGUGCUGGACGUCACUCCUAAUUCUCCUCUUCGCGACAGCUCGAGCGACAAUCCCGACGAAGCAGCCACACAUCGUUUUCAUCCUAGCAGACGAUCUGGGAUGGAAUGACGUCGGCUUUCACGGUUCCGGCCAAAUCCCCACACCGAACAUCGACGCCCUGGCGUACUCCGGAUUGCUGCUCGACAGGUAUUAUGUCACGCCGAUUUGCACACCGUCCAGAAGUGCCCUGAUGACCGGUAAACAUCCUAUUCACACCGGAAUGCAGCAUGGCGUUCUCAAAGGUGCCGAGCCCCGAGGAUUGCCGUUACACGAGAAACUCUUGCCAGAAUAUUUGCGAGACCUCGGGUACAGCACGCAUAUUGUCGGCAAAUGGCACUUAGGAUUUUACACGAAGGAAUACACUCCGACUUACAGAGGAUUCGACACUCAUACCGGCUUUUGGACGGGACAUCAAGAUUAUUUUGAUCACACGGCUGUCGAAAGCCCUUAUUGGGGUUUGGAUAUGAGGCGAGGUAUGGAUCCGGCAUGGGAUCUACAUGGUGAGUACUCCACGGACGUUUUUACGAAAGAGGCGGUGAAACUGAUCAACGAGCACAAAGCCGAUCGGCCGAUGUUCCUGUAUCUGGCCCACACGGCCGUGCACUCCGGAAAUCCUUACAAUCCGCUUCCGGCGCCGGACGAGGAAGUAGCCAAGUUCGACAAUAUCUUCGAUUAUAAACGGAGACGUUUUGCAGGUAUGUUGAGCAGGCUAGACCAAUCGGUUGGUCAAGUAGUUGAAGCUCUGCGGAAUCGAGACAUGCUGCGAGACAGCAUAAUUAUCUUCUCGACGGACAACGGUGGGCCUGCAGCAGGAUUUAAUCUGAACGCCGCAUCCAACUGGCCACUGCGAGGUGUCAAGAAUACACUUUGGGAAGGUGGUGUCAGAGCUGCAGGAUUGGUAUGGUCACCCAGGCUGGUGCGAUCUGGCCGCGUAAGCAGGCAAAUGAUACACAUUACCGAUUGGCUGCCGACACUCAUAACAGCUGCCGGUGGUGAUCCCUCAAACUUAACCAUCGAUGGAAUGGACCUGUGGAAUGCACUUAGCGAGGAUACCGAAUCGCCACGUACGAGCAUUCUUCAUAACAUCGACGAUAUCUAUGGUGUGUCUGCUGUCACGGUUGGCGAUUGGAAGCUCAUUCAAGGCUCCACGUACAACGGAACGUGGGACGGAUGGUACGGGCCAUCUGGCAGGGAAUGGGUCUACGACGUGGACGGUGUGAUCAGCAGCACAACAGGACACGCCGUCGCCACUGUGGGAUUGAGCAUCACCGCAGAGAUGGUCAGGUUGCUGCGCGAGAACGCGAUGAUCAAGUGCCCACCAAGGAACGACAGUUUGCCGAUCUGCGCACCGUUGCAAGAGCCGUGCCUCUUUAACAUCUACCAGGACCCUUGCGAGGAUAAUAAUCUCGCCAGACAGUUCCCCACGAUCAUCAGGAAGCUGCAGGAUGAGCUGAGGAAGUUCAACAGCACCGCUAUCCCGCCCGGAAACCUUCCGUGGGAUAGCAAGGGCGAUCCGAGCCUGUGGGACCACACUUGGACUAAUUUUGGGGAUUACGUGAACGUUAUGUUGAGCGCUGCAGCCUGACCGAGCCCAGCAACGUGUCCCGCGUUCGUUAUUUUGCUGAAUUACCUACUGAAUGUAUGAAUGAUGUAUGACGUGUACGAGAUCCUGUCUGAAAAUCAGUUGUUAGUCUACACGCCAUUUUACGUGUAACAUUGUUACGUGUAAAAGCGUGCGGAUUACAUUAUUGUUCAAUUUGUUAAUAUCAUCUUGCUGCAUUUUGAUUCUAGUGCACUAAGGGAAGUAACGUACCCACAAUUUUAUUAUAGAUGAUAGUAUAGAGUAAUUUUCAAAAUACAAGAUAAUACGUAAUAAGUCAAAUACAUAAGAAUAUUACUGGUUCUUCAUCUUAUUUCUUUCAUAAUGUAUUAUUUUGACCAAUGAUAAAGUUUUCAUUCGGUACGAAUGGCAUGUCCAUAACUCUGAGGCAUCUGGAAUAUAAAAAGAGUGUGAAAUGCAAUUCAAAAUUUCACGUGUGCUUUUUUAAUGUAAAUUCGCAGAUUAAUUACAUAUCAAUCUGCACGCUUUUCGGUAUCGUGGAUCGAAAAUAGCAUUAUUUUCUACAUGAUGGACGAUUAUUAUUGCAAAAGAAAAUUAGAUGCAUCAUGAAAAAGCAAGAGAAAUUCAGUUUUGAUCAUGUUUUGAUUCACGCUACCGAAAGCAAGGCUCAUUUUAUUAUGCAUGACAGGUUUACCUGCAGCGAGAACGGACCCAUUCGAGUCCGCUCGCGCAGAUUUCUGUAGCUUUGUUGCAGACGCAUUUACAAGUUUUCUCGUCCCAGACCAUCUGGCGUGAUUCGUCGCAUUCCAAUCUGUUCAUACAUUCGCACGCGCAAUUGUCCUCCGAGUAUAUAUGGUGUAUACUGCAAUGGUGUGCCAUCACGCUACAAGCACAUCUGAAAUCACGACAGAGGAAGAUGUGAAACAUAGUAACAUUAAAAUUAAUGACUUGCAGUUCGCGCGAUAACUCUGCUCUAAUCAGAUAGUGCUAAUUAGACAUUUCCGGUUUUAUCAUCCGCCAGACACUUCCAAAAUUUCAUUUGCUGUUAAAUUAAAACUAUUGUAAGCAGUAAUAAAGAAAGUUUCUUGAUAUAAUGGAAAUGUUUUGAGAAAUUAUUCUAAAGUCUCAAAAAUGCGAAUAUUUUUCGUAUGUAUUCUUGCAUUUAAGAAAUCGUACAUUCCUUUUAUUAUGCGUAUGUUAUAUUGUACUUGAUCUAUUCGUGUUGCAUAAUAUAAAAAAGUGACAGUAGACGGUCUUACUUGCACUUCAUAUGUUCCUCGACCAACACUUCAUAACACUGGCUGGAGUUGUAGCUAUCUCUUCUUACGAUAAUACUUGUGAGAUUCGUCUUGACUGGCAAGCAUGACUUCGAAUUAGGGCAGAAGCCACCGCAUCUGUUCACCAUGGCAUAAUUUGGAUAGAACGUGUAGCCACGCUCCGGUACCAGUUUUACAUGAGUAAGCCUCGGCACGCACGUCACCUCCUUCAUGUAAUGAUUGAGUUCCAUACGUCUUCCCGUGCAUUCUGUUACCAAGAUUCGCCAAAUUAAUUAUUCUAAUAAAUAUAUGCUUUUUUCGAAAACUCGCAUCAUUUUUAUAAUAUGUGAAGAAUGAUCUUCUAUUGUACUAUAGAAGUUUCCGAAGAUUUGAAUAAGAAAACUAUAAAAGAGCGGGAAUAUAUUUUUAUAUUAUAAUUUGAUUUCAACAAUUUUUAUGGAAUGGGAAAAAGGAACUCAUGCAUAAACCUCAUAGACGGGCAAAUUUUAUAUGCGUUAUAUACAUAUAUAAAAUUAAUUAUUCAAAAAGUAAUAUCUGUCUGAAUAAAUAAAUAUACUGCUGUUAUUCUUUUGAUAAAA